AUGGAAGCAGGUAAUGAGACGCGGGUGAGUGGGUUCAUCCUCCUGGGCCUCUCUGGGGACCGGGACACUCAAGUCUCCCUCUUCGUCCUGUUCUUGGCCAUGUACAUGGUGACGGUGCUGGGGAAUGUUCUCAUUGUCCUCCUGAUCAGACUGGACAGCCGCCUGCACACGCCCAUGUACUUCUUCCUCAGCAACCUCUCCCUGGUGGAUUUGUCCUAUGCCACCAGCAUAGUACCUCAGCUGCUGGCCCAUUUCCUUGCAGAGCACAAGGUGAUCCCAUUCCUGAGCUGUGCAGCCCAGCUGUUUUUCUCUCUGGCCUUGGGUGGCAUAGAGUUUGUUCUCCUGGCAGUGAUGGCUUAUGACCGCUAUGUGGCUGUGUGUGACCCCCUGAGGUACUCUGUCAUCAUGCACGGAGGACUGUGCACUAGGCUGGCCAUCUCGUCCUGGGUCAGUGGCUCCAUCAACUCUCUCAUCCACACUUCUAUCACCUUUCAGCUUCCCAUGUGCACAAACAAGUAUAUUGAUCACAUCUCCUGUGAAAUUCUAGCUGUGGUCAGGCUGGCCUGUGUGGACAUUUCCUCCAAUGAGAUUGUAAUCAUGGUUUCCAGCAUCAUCCUUCUGAUGACACCCUUCUUCCUGGUCCUGUUGUCCUAUAUCCGGAUCAUCUCCACCAUCCUGAAGAUCCAGUCCACAGAAGGCAGGCAGAAAGCCUUCCAUACCUGUGCCUCUCACCUCACGGUGGUUGUCUUGUGCUAUGGAAUGGCCAUUUUCACUUACAUCCAGCCCCGUUCCAGUCCUUCUGUCCUUCAGGAGAAGUUGAUCUCUCUCUUCUAUGCCAUUUUGACACCCAUGUUGAACCCCAUGAUUUAUAGCCUCAGGAAUAAGGAGGUGAAGGGGGCCUGGCAGAAACUCUUAGGAAAAUUCUCUGGGCUAACAUUAAAAAUGAUAAUUUGA